AUGCAGAGGAAAGAGAAACAACGAAAGUUCCAUGAGGCCCUCGUUAGCAUUCUUUAUCCUCCACCACCAUCACCCCCUCAUCAAGAAGAAGAUGACGAAGAACAACCAAAUACAUCGAGGGACGGUUUAAAUUUGGAUCGUAUCCCAGAUGAAUUGGAAGAGGAGAAGUGCUCAUCGCCAUCAAGUGAUAAUGAGGGUGGAUUUGGGCUUCAGAAGCUAACAAGGGCUCAGAGGAAGAGGCUUCGCAAGAAGAAGCUCAAGGAAGCCGACUCUUGUCGAAAAAAAAGGAAAAUUAUCGGACCAUUGUUACCUACAUCGAGCGAUGGCGGUGAUGGCGUAUGUUGUGCGGUUGUAAAAAAUGAACCUCAAGCUGUUCGACAAAAUGCGGAGCAGGAACUGGAUACGAGAAUUGACAAGCCAGGUGAGGCAGCUGCUUGUGCUAACGAGAACAAGCUAAAGCAGAGGAGAAUGACUAAGAAGCUAGCGAAAGAAAGGUUGAAGUUGUCAGUUGUGGAGAAGAACCAUCAAGCUGAUUAUCAGGACAUUGAUACAGCCGAAGUUGCUGCCGCCAAGAAUUGCGUCGCAUCACUUUCUAAUGUUGUGCAACCACCGCCACCAGUUGCAGCCAUGGCGGAGCUCAAACUCUCAGAGAUGCGGGACCUAACUAGAAUAGAACGCAUCGGUGCACAUUCCCACAUCCGCGGCCUUGGUCUUGACUCUACCCUCGAACCCCGCUCCGUCUCCGAAGGCAUGGUGGGCCAGACCUCCGCCCGGAAGGCAGCCGGCGUCAUCGUCCAAAUGAUCAAAGAAGGUAAAAUCGCCGGCCGAGCCAUCCUACUAGCUGGCCAGCCCGGCACCGGCAAGACCGCUAUUGCCAUGGGCAUGGCCAAAUCCCUAGGGCAAGAAACCCCAUUCGCAAUGCUCGCGGGGAGCGAACUCUUCUCUCUGGAAAUGUCGAAAACCGAAGCCCUAAUGCAGGCUUUUCGUAAAGCAAUUGGAGUUCGAAUCAAAGAAGAGAACGAAGUGAUCGAAGGGGAAGUUGUUGAAAUCCAAAUUGAUCGUCCUGCUGUGGCUGGUGCAGCUUCAAAGACCGGGAGAUUGAAUUUGAAGACGACGGAGAUGGAGACGGUGUACGAUUUGGGGGCGAAGAUGAUUGAGGCAUUGGGGAAACAAAAAGUUCAGAGUGGGGAUGUGAUUGCCAUUGAUAAGGCCUCCGGGAAAAUCACGAAGCUUGGGAGGUCGUUUUCGCGAUCAAGGGAUUAUGAUGCAAUGGGGCCACAGACAAAGUUUGUUCAGUGUCCUGACGGGGAGUUGCAGAAGCGGAAAGAGGUCGUGCAUUUCGUUACGCUUCAUGAGAUUGAUGUUAUCAACAGCAGAACGCAGGGAUUUCUGGCUCUCUUCACUGGUGAUACUGGUGAAAUCCGAGCUGAAGUUAGGGAACAAAUUGACACAAAGGUUGCAGAGUGGAGGGAGGAAGGGAAAGCAGAGAUUGUGCCAGGCGUCCUCUUCAUUGAUGAAGUCCACAUGCUUGAUAUCGAGUGUUUUUCAUUUCUAAACCGUGCUUUAGAAAAUGAUAUGGCACCAAUACUAGUUGUUGCUACCAACAGAGGGAUCACUACAAUCAGAGGCACAAACUACAAAUCUCCUCAUGGCAUUCCAAUUGAUUUUCUUGAUCGCUUGCUCAUAAUAUCUACACAGCCAUACACAGAAGAAGAUAUUCGUAGAAUUCUUGACAUUAGAUGCCAAGAGGAAGAUGUGCAAAUGUCUGAAGAUGCAAAGAUUUUAUUAACAAGAAUCGGAGUAGACACAUCCCUGAGAUAUGCCAUCCACCUCAUCACAUCUGCUGCACUGGCUUGCCAGAAGAGGAAGGGGAAGCUUGUGGAAAUGGAGGACAUUAGUCAUGUUUACGAGUUGUUUUGGGAUGUGAAGAGAUCAACACAGUACUUGAUGGAAUAUCAGGGCCAGUACAUGUUCAAUGAAGUGCCAACAGGAGAGGGGGAUUAUCACACCAAUGCCAUGAUUUCAUGA